AUUAACUUGUAUAGCUAAAGCUUUCUUCAUCUUCUAAAAAAUCUCAAGAUGUCUUCUUCAAACAAAGUUACUUUCCACACUCGGUCCAUCAGUUUGCCUACCAGAUCUCACCCACUAGCUGCUGCAGUUGAAGAACAAUUGUGCAAAUUGAGAUCUUCAGAUCUUACCUCAUCCAUCUCCAACAACUUGGUUGCUCUAAAGGAGUUGUACGCAUGUGUUGAAGAUUUCCUUUCUAGCAAAGAGGGAAAAUGUUUAGAUGCAGUCUUGGAUGGAUCUGUAAUGUUAUUGGAUGUUUGUGGAACUAUCAAGGAUGUUUUGUCACAGAUGAAACAAUCUGCUCAGGAUCUUCAGUCAUCUAUUCGAAGGAGAUCAAAUGAGUUUGACGCUUACAUGACCUCUAGAAAGAAAGUCUGCAAAGUCAUUCAAAAAUGUCUUUCAGCUCUUAAGAAAAAUACCAACAAGAACAAUGAUCUAGUCACUGACAUCCUAACAGAAGUUGAAGCUACUACUCUUGCAGUUUUUGAAUCUGUCUUGUCUUUCCUCUCUGCACCAAAGCAAAGGUCACUAGUCUCAAAGUUGACCACCAAAAGUUUAACCCAACAGGUUGUCAAUGAGGUAACCAAGGUCGAUGUCGCAUUGAAAUCUAAAGUCAUUGAAGCUAAAGAAGUACAGAAGCCAUUGGCUGCUCUUGAGAUGAACCUUCAAGAACUUGAAGAUGGAUUAGAAUCCGUUUUUCGGUGUUUGAUCAAGAACCGAGUUUCACUUCUUAACAUUCUCAACCAAUAGAUCCAUAGAUAUAUUCACCUCCCAUUGGUAUUUUCCGCCUUUUAUCAGGAUAUACCCCCAUGGAAU